AUGCGACUCGACUCGAGAUCCUUUGUUGCCGCCUUGUUACUCGUUGGAGCGCCGACAAGUGUUUAUCCAUGGGUCAUCCCAUCUGGAGAAAGCGGACAGCUAAUUGGGGGCACUUCUUCGACAUCAAAUGAUAUCAAGAUUCCAAGUCAACCUGUACCAGCGUUGCUGGACAAACGCACACCAGAACAUAGUCACUUCGCCGAGAAAGCCAAGCGACAAAGCUCCGACAAGGUCCUCAGUGAUCCCAAAAACUCUGGUUUCCUGCCCAUCGAGUUUGACCCAUCUCCUCCAUCAAACUCCACCCAAAGUAAUGAGAGUACCAACUCGACCAAUGCACAGCCAUCCCUUGACCCGACCACCAACAGCACUACUGCUGCACUACCUCCAUUGAAUGGCACAGAUGUCGUCCCGAGCUCAGCGAUUGAACCUCCAGCAUCGACUGAACUUCCAUCAACCGACCAGAGCAUUCCCACCAAUGUUCCACUCCCAGAUGUUGGGGAUGACACUGGGGUAGGUGGAGUUCAGGAUACCACGGAGCCUUCCACACCUACAGUCCUGGGUUCUUUGGAACCAGGUUUACAUUUUGUGCCCCAUAAUCCAUCCCUAUUGCGCAGAGCAUUGGAGCGGCUGCAGCGGUUCGCCAUUUAG